ACCGAACACGCGACUAUGGCAUAACAUAAAAGGUUGAGGUUGUCUUCUCUCUCUUCUCUGUGCUAAACAAACACCAACCUCAGUUGCGGUUAAUCGAACCGUUUGAUUAGUUGAGGUCAUGGCGUUUUGGCACCGAAUCGGAAAGGCGAAGCUCAGAACCCUCUGCACUCAAUUCCAACGAUCUUACAUUUAUCUUCACCAUGCUCCUGCCCCCAAACCCUGCCAUAUGGACAUUCCACGACCGAAUUCUGUGUUUCAUGCCAGACCUCCAAGCGUUUUCAGUACCGUGAGGUUCUUCGCUGCCCCUGUUCAGUUUCAGGUAAAGCAUAGGAAUGAGGAGGAUGAUCCAAGUGAGCGACGGUUGAAUGAGAAAAUCAAAGCUCCAUAUGUCAGGCUUGUUGUGGAUGAUGACCAUUCAAUAGUACCAAGGGUUGAAGCAUUGGAACGUGCCAAGGCGCUUAAACUUGAUUUAGUUGAGGUUGAUAAAAGUGCUAAGCCUCCUGUCUGUAAAAUUAUGAACUUCAAGCAAGAAAUGUAUAAGCGACAUGUAAUGGAAAAGGAGCGUGCUAAAAGCAGGGCUGACAAGACACUACGAAAGGAUGUUAAAGAAGUGCGAUUUUCUGAAAAAAUUGGAGCACAAGACCUGAAGAACAAAGCAGACAUGGUUAGAAAGUUAAUGGAGAAGGGUUAUCGAGUGAAGUGCAAGGUAUCAUCAAGCAAAGAAGAUCAGGACUUGAAAGCAUUAUUUUCUCCUUUCAUUGAUCUGCUGGGAGAUGUGUGCAUUGUGGAAAGUGGACCAUUUAUGGCAAAAAAAGAUGCAUAUAUGAUCGUCAGACACAUUAAGUAUGGGGUAGCGAAGAAAAGUGGGAAAAAAUUUUCUAAUGCAGCAAAUAUAGAGACUUCAACAGCUAAUCCUAGUGAUUCUGUUGAAUAUGAGAAUCAUGCAGAAUCUGGAUUUGAAACAGAGGAGGACCCCUCUGAUGGCGACAAGCUUCCUGAAAGUUCCCGGUCUGCAUUUAGCAGCAAUAUGAACAUGACUUAUUCUCCUGACUAUCAAACAAAUGCUGCUGCAGAAUCAGCCUUUCUGUCAAGAAGUAAUGAUCCUGUAUCUCCUCCUGUUUCUGAAAACAGGUAUAGGAGAACUAAACCUCAAGGUGAAAAUAACGUCCAAUCUAAUGCACAAGUGCCUCCUGCUGAGACUGAGAAUAGGUACAAAAGAGCAGAGCCAAGAAACAGAUUUCAGCAAACAUCAAAUAAUAUGAACAACUACCAAGGUCCAGGAACAAGAGAUGCAUUCAGGCCGCCCCCGAAUCGGAAUUGGCCAAGGCAAGCACCGGGAAAUGUUAAUUUUGAUACCAGAAUAGAAAAUAACAGGCAAGCUUUCACUCCUCCUGGUUAUGGCAAUUUUAGAGGUCCAAAUGGGGGUAUCCCAAAGCAUGCUGGUGCUCCCAAUAGCCCAAGACCCAGUUAUGGCAAUUUCAGUGCUUCAAAUGAUGGCCUCCCCAAGCAUCCCAAUGCUCCUGAUACUCCAAAGACCUUCUAGUUAUGGCAUUUCUAGUCCUCCAAAAUGCCCUCAAACACAAGGUGUAUCAAAGUCAAUAGCAUUCAACAAAUAAGGGAUGUUAGCAACUCAAAUAGAGGAGGGUUGUAUCAAGGUUGACCUACAUAGGAUGAUUCAUAUAUUUGAGUACAAAUCUGGUGCAGUGACACAUUACACUCUUUAUAAACAUGAAGCAAUGGGUGACAUCCUUCACCCCACAGUGCUUGCAGCUGUAUUUUAUUUACCUUAGAUGACCCAUGAAAAGGUCUAUUUGGUGGGAAUUUUGCAUCAUCUGAUGUUUGUAGUUUUAGAAGGGAAGAACAAUUUUAGAUUUGUUUAUUUAUCUAACGGUGGAGAAGUGGAAUUUUUAACUUUCCACUGAUCACUGGAAGUUUUGAUCUGUUCGACUUUUCA